CGCUCGGACUUAGACGGGGUUAUACUUUGGAAACCAGAUUUUAAAGCCACUAAAUAUUCUGAAACAAUGUUUGUUUUUUAAUUUGACGAUUUAAAUUAUAUUGAUAACUAUUUUGAGUUUUAGUUAGUUUUAAGUAGAAAUAUGCAAUGGCUUAUAACCAGUGGCGAAAGUUUAAUUUUUUCGAAAGAGACUUAAUGAAAGAUCCAGUAACAAAACAAGAUUUCUCUAGUUUAAAGGGGAUUUCAAUAACAUCGGCAUCAAGUGGAAGUGGAAAACUUUUAGUAGGAGAUAGCCAAGGUAACUUGCAUCUUUUAAAUCGUGACCUUCAGCUGACUUCAUUUCAAAUUAAUAAGAUUAAAGUAUCACAUCUUUUUCAGUUAAAGCAAAAUGAAGUGCUUGUGUCAAUUGGGAAUGACGAAGUUGGUAUUAAUCCAUUAAUUCAAGUGUGGAACUUUCAUAAGCUUGAUAAAAAUGGCAAUCCCACAUGCAUAUGGGUCUCAAGAGCACUUGUUACUGGCACAAAACUUUCAGAGGUAACAUGUCUUUCUGUCCAUGAAAGUUUAACUCAAAUGGCGGUUGGUUUUGAUGACGGAACUGUUGUUAUUUUUAAAGGUGACAUCAUGAAUUCUAGGAGUAGUAAACAAAGAACUAUUCACAUGGACAAGUACCCAAUAACAGGUCUAGCAUAUAAACAAUAUGGCAACAGUGUUAUAUUAUUUGUAACUACAACCAAAUGUGUUUUUUCAUACAAUGUAACGUCCUCAGAUAAAAAGGAAAUAUUAGAAGAAGACUUUGGUGCAAGUUUAGAUUGCUCAGCAAUAAACGAUGCUUCAACUGAAAAUCAGUUUGUGGUUGCUACUGACGAUGGUUUACAUUUUUACCACCCGGAAGGAAAAAGGGCUUGCUUAGCUUUUGAUGGUGAAAAAAAGAUGGUGAGUUGGUUUCGUGGUUAUCUUGUUGUUGUUAGUAAAGAGAUGAAGCAACUUCCAAAAACUGCAGGUACUGGGUUAAGCAUGAAUAUUUUGACAGUAUAUGAUAUUGAUAAUAGUUUUAUUGCUUAUUCAGCACCUUUUCCAGAUGUAGUUGCAGUAUUACCUGAAUGGAGUUGCUUACAUGUUCUUUCAUCAGAUGGAAAGAUUUUCCAGUUGGUUGAAAAAGAUACAAAAACAAAACUAGAAAUUUUGUUUCGAAAAAACAUGUACGAUAUGGCAAUAAGGCUUGCAAAAAGUCAGCAAUAUGCAGAAGGGUUGUAUGACAUAUUCAAAUAUUACGGAGACCACCUAUAUCAAAAGCGUGACCAUGAUGGAGCAAUGCAACAGUAUAUUCGCACCAUUGGUCAUUUGGAACCUUCAUAUGUUAUUAAAAAUUUUUUAGAUGCACAGCGAAUACACAACCUAACUGACUAUUUGCAGGCAUUACAUGAAAAAGGACUAGCAAACACUGACCACACAACUCUCUUGAUAAAUUGUUAUACAAAGCUCAAAGCGGUUGAUAAACUUAAUGGUUUUAUAAAUACAGAUAAAGAACUCAACUUUGAUGUUGAAACAGCUAUUAAGGUAUGCAGGCAAGCUGGUUAUUUUGAACAUGCUUUGCAACUUGCAGAAAAGAAAAAACAGCAUGAAUGGUAUAUUAAAAUUCAGCUUGAAGAUAUAAAAGAUUAUGAAACAGCAUUAAAGUACAUGCACACGCUUCCAUUUCAAGAGGCUGAGAGUAAUUUAAGAAAGUAUGGAAAAACAUUAGUAAAUAAUGAAACUGAGAAAACCACUGCAUUUCUAAAAGAAUUGUGUACAAAUUAUCAACAGAUACAUGCUGAAGCAUUAAAACAAGAGGUACAGCGUGCACAUCCAGUUGAUUUUAUUCACAUAUUUGUACAUGAAAAGUCAAAGCUUAAAGAUUUUCUUGAGUAUAUUGUUAAAAUGCGCAAUGAUUGCUCAGGAAUAAUAUACAACACAUUAUUAGAGCUUUAUUUACAUGAUGCAACAAUGUAUCAUGCUCAAAAAAACAUUGAGAAAGCAAUGGAGGAAGAAAAAAAAGCUUUAGAUCUUUUAAUUGGUUCAGAAUCAAAAUAUGACUUUGAUCAUGCAAUGGUACUUGCACAAAUGAAUAAUUUUAAACGAGGGAUCUUGUAUCUUUAUGAGAAAGCAAAGUCGUUUCAACAAAUUAUGCAUUAUCAUAUGGAAAAUAAAGAAUAUGAUAAUAUUAUUUCAGAUUGCAAUAAAUAUGGAGAUAAAGAUAUUAGUUUAUGGAGUCAAGCACUGUCUUAUUUUGCCAAAAGAGAAGAUGAAUGCAAAACACAUAUUGCUCAAGUUUUAAAUCAUAUUGAAGAGUAUAAGCUUUUGUCUCCACUGGAAGUUAUCCAAGAACUGUCUCAAAACUCAACUGCAUCGCUUGGCAUUGUAAAGGAUUAUAUUAUUCGUCAAUUACAACAAGAAAAUGAACUGGUUGCAGAGGCAGAAUCAUCAAUUAAAAAACACAAAGAGAAUAUUAAAAAGAUGGAGAAAGAUAUUGAAGAGCUAAAAACCGGUGCAAAAACUUUUCAAAGUUCAAAAUGUAAGAUCUGCAAUCGACUGUUGGAAUUACCUGCUGUUCAUUUCUUGUGUGGUGAUUCUUUUCAUCAAACGUGCUUUGAAAGUUAUUCCGAUAGUGAAAAUGAAUGUCCCAUUUGUGCUCCAGAGAAUCGUAAAAUUAAAGAUAUCAUUUAUGCACAAGAACAUAAUGCUGCCCUACAUGAACAAUUUAAUCAACAGUUGGAAAGAUCAAGCGAUGGUUUUUCUGUUGUUGCUGAUUAUUUUGGUCGCGGAGUUUUUAAGAAGGUUACAAUAUAUACCGAUAUGAAAACGAAACAACCAAUUCUUCAAAAUAAUAUUUCAGAAUAGGGUACAAAAAUGAGUUAAAUGUUGUAAUUUUUUAUUUUUUUAUUUAUAUUUUUUUAUAAAUCGUUUUUUUUUUUACUUAAAAUAUAAAUCUAGAAUGAGAGUUGAUAUUUGAUUAAUAUUUAAAUCAUUUUAUUUCUCAAUAAUAUAUCAUUUGUGGUAUGAAAAA